UCGCAAGUCGCUGUCAAAGUCAAACCUCCCGCGAUGCUGAAGCGUCGUGUUAGUAGCAAAUAAAAUUACAAAAUUGUAAUUAAACAUUUCGUUUGGUUAUAGUUAAUUUGUAUAAAGUGUGUUGUCAGUUAUCGACAUGUUGGUGCUAUUUGAGACUCCGGCGGGAUACGCUAUAUUCAAGUUGUUAGACGAAUCAAAACUAUCUCAGAUAAAUGAUUUGUAUCAAGAGUUCAACACUCCGGAGGGAGCUUCAUCACUUGUGAAGCUAAAGAAUUUCAUUAAAUUUGAAGAUACCACAGAAGCUUUGGCAGCAACAACAGCCGCUAUUGAAGGAAAAGUUUCCAAAACAUUAAAAAAAGCUCUCAAGAAAUAUGUGUGCAAAGAAGUACAAGAUCAGCUACUAGUUGGUGAUGCAAAACUGGGGAGUGCAAUCAAAGAGAAGUUUGACCUACAAUGUGUUUCAAAUUCUAAUGUCCAGGAACUAUUAAGAUGCAUUCGUUCACAAAUGGACAGUCUCCUCACAGGACUGCCAAAGAAAGAAAUGACUGCUAUGGCUCUUGGUCUAGCUCACUCCCUCUCUAGAUAUAAACUUAAAUUCUCUCCUGACAAAAUUGAUACAAUGAUAGUUCAAGCUCAAUGCCUUCUGGAUGACUUAGACAAAGAAUUAAAUAACUAUGUAAUGAGAUGCCGAGAAUGGUACGGUUGGCAUUUCCCCGAGCUCGGUAAAAUCAUUACAGAUAACACAUUAUUUGUUAAAAUCGUUAAAUUAAUGGGCACCCGUGAUAAUGCUGCAAAGACAGACUUGUCUGACAUACUCCCAGAAGACUUAGAAGAAAAAGUCAAAGAGGCAGCUGAAAUAUCGAUGGGAACAGAAAUUUCUGAUGAUGACAUAAUUAAUAUACAACACCUAUGUGAGGAGAUAAUAUCAAUCACAGAUUAUAGAACACAUUUAACAGACUAUCUUAAAGCUAGGAUGAUGGCCAUGGCACCAAACUUGACAGUUCUAAUCGGUGAACAUAUUGGAGCUAGAUUAAUUGCACACUCCGGUUCUUUAAUGAAUUUAGCUAAACAUCCUGCGUCAACAGUGCAGAUACUUGGAGCAGAAAAGGCAUUGUUUAGAGCUUUGAAAACAAAGAAAGAUACACCAAAAUAUGGUUUAAUAUAUCACGCACAGUUAGUUGGACAAAGCAGUACUAAAAAUAAAGGAAAGAUGUCUAGGAUGUUAGCAGCUAAAGCAGCCUUAGCGACUCGUGUGGACGCUUUCGGUGAUGAAGUGUCGUUUGAAUUAGGUGCUGAACACAAAGUCAAAUUGGAAAACAAAUUGCGUCUUUUGGAGGAGGGUAAUCUAAGAAGAAUAAGUGGGACAGGCAAAGCUAAAGCCAAGUUUGAAAAAUACCACAGUAAAUCUGAGGUGUUCGAGUACCCCGUUGCAGCAGACAGCACAAUUGGCAAGAAACCUGUAAAGAGAGAACAUUCUCCAGAUGAAGAUGGCCCUGCAACCAGUAAAAAGAUCAAACUAGAGAGCGAUGAGGUUGAUAUCAAACCCAAAAAAGAAAAGAAAAUAAAGGUAGAGGUCAAAGAAGAAGAAGAAAACAGCCAAGAGAAUGGAAAUGGUACAGAAGGUACCUCAGAGAAAAAGAAGAAGAAAAAGAAAAAGUCACUCGAGCCAGAAGCAGCAGCAGAAGAAGUAAAGACUGAGGUGAAAGAAGAACCACAGCAACCCUCUAGUGAAAAGAAGAAAAAGAAGAAGAGACAAUCGAAAGUUGAAGAAGAAUAAACUACCUCGUUGAAGUAUUGUGUUUGAAUGAGUAGUCUGAAAAGGGAAACAUCUAAAGACACUAAGUACAUUUUUUUUUAUAUUUACUUUACUUGUAUCUAUACAAAACAAAAACUGCUUCUAAUUUAGCUUCUUACUUUGUUAAACCAUCUUUAAAGUUAAAUGUUUCAAUUUUUUAAUUGUUAAGUAGCCUUAAGCUAUACCUACAUAUGAAUAAAUAUACAUCUAGAUUAUAAUUAUUUGUGUUUAGCAAAAUAUAUACUCAAUAUUUUACAGGAUGUAUAUUCUGUAUAAUUUUUUGCAAUUGCUUUAUAGCAAAGUAAAACAUAGAUCUUAAUAAUUGAAAAUAAAAAAUGGAUUGUGUGUAGAAAAAUAAUAAUAUUUACUUCAAAAUUAAUACUUGUUUCCAAUAUACUACCUCUAUGUUCUCGAAGUGUCUUUGGAUAAACUUUAUUUUUUACUCUGGGAGUGUAAGGGUGCGGUCACAUCUAUUGAUAAUGUGUGUAUCACCACCGAUAACUUUAACAUUACCUAUAAAAAUAGGUCUUUAGUUCCAUAAAACGCUUCCAUUGUGUAAGUUUUAAAUUUGACAAGUUUCGACGAGGUUUUUUAUGGAUAAGAAAUAUUUUGAGAAUAUUUUUAUAACGGCUGUAGUAUGUGUUUCUUAGACGCUAAUGAAAGAUGUGACUGCAUCAUAAUCAUAUUGAAAAAAUGGUUUUAGUUUUAAGUAUAAAAUAAUCUCAAUUUGAGAUUUUUAUUAUUAAAAAAAUACGCAUA